AUGUCCACUCUUCGAUAUGAGUUAAUUUAUGCAACAAACAAUAGAGCAUUAACAUUAACAGAUACUAAUAUUUACGAUGAUAUACACAAACAAUUUGAAUUUAAAAAACAAACAGUCCUUGCUGAUAAAAUUCUUACAAAUGAUGAAAAAACUGAAGCAAUAAGAGAGUUAACUAUAGAUUAUGAUCGAGAUAAAGUUAUAAAAAAUGAUGGUACAAGAAGAAUUUGUGAAGAUUGUAACCAAGAAUGUUUAGCCACAUUAUAUUGUGAAUAUUGUGUUCGAAAUUAUUUAAAAGAAAAUUUUCCAAAUUGGACAUCCGGGAAUGAUGAUAUUGAUAAUUUAAUACAGAAAUGUCAAAUGGAAUCACUCAUGCCGAGUAAAAUAGUUGAAUGGAUCCCAUAUAGUAAUUUAGAAAAUAUUAAAUAUUUAACAAAAGGUGGAUUCUCAGAAAUUUAUACAGCAGAUUGGAUUAAUGGAGAUUAUGUAGAAUGGGAUUCUGAAAAAAAACAAUUAAAAAGAUUUGGAUAUGGCGAAGUAAUAUUAAAAAAAUUAGAAAAUGUUGAAAGUGCAAAUCAAAGUUGGUUUGAAGAGGCUAAAUCACAUUUAACUAUAAGUAAUAAAUGGCCAGUUGUUGUUCGAUGUUAUGGUUUAACACAAAAUCCAUCAAAUGGAAAUUAUAUGCUUGUAAUGAUCAAAGAGGAUACGGAUUUAAGAAAAUAUUUACAACAAAAUCAUAAUCAACUUACAUGGAAAAAGAGAAUUAAUAUUACUUAUGAAAUAAUUCGUGCACUUUAUUUUAUUCGUAAAGAGAAAGCAAUUCAUAGAGAUUUACAUUCCGGAAAUAUAUUAUAUUCUCAACUUAAUAAUUCUUGGCAUGUUAGUGAUCUUGGAUUUUGUGGACCUGCUGAUAAAUCUUCAACAAAGACAGGUAUUGCAAUUCUUAUGUGGGAAAUUUCAUCUGGACAACCACCAUUUAUAAAUUAUGAACAUGAAAAUGAUAUUGUAAUGAAUAUUAUUAACGGUAUAAGACCAAAAAUUGUGCCAGGAACUCCAUUUGAAUAUAAAAAUUUAAUGAAAGAAUGUUGGGAUGUUGAUCCAUUAAAAAGACCUGACGUUUAUGCACUUGAGAGAAAAAUGAGAAGAAUUAAUUUAGAUUAUCAAAAUAUGUCAGAUGAAUUAUUCAAAUCAGAAAUAGUAGAUAAAUUAGAAAUGAAUAAAGCAGAAGAAAAUUAUACGAGUAGCAGAUUAUUUACAAGUAAAAUCCACAACUUUGGAAAUCUACCUGAACCAAGAAAUGCAACAGAAGAAGAACAAGAAGUGUUUCAUAGUAAAUUGUAUGAUUUUAACAUUCCUAAAAAUAUUAACGAUUUUAAUGGAUCAAAUAAGCAGUAUAGUGAUAGUGAAAAAUUACCCAAAGAAUUUAUAAAUUUGCAGAUAAAUUCAAAUAAAAUAAUUCAACAACAAAUGAAAAGGAAAGAUAUUGAUAUUGAUGAUGAUGAAAAAGAAAUAAUUCAACAAAGAACGAAAAGACAAAAUAUUGGUGAUAUUGAUGAUGAAGACGAAGUAUAUAAUAAUCCAAAUCUUCAUUCAGAAGAACAAGAUGAACUGGAAAUUCCUGAUGAUGGAUUUUGA